AUGAGCGUCCUGAGCAAGGAGAACCGCCGCCAUUACAAAACCAAGCAGCCGCCGACAAGUAAACGAAACAAACGGGAUGACGACCAAGCCCAGCGCAGCGUCGCUCUGAUCUAUGGCAAAAACCCCGAGCAGCCCACUCGCAAGGACACCAAGACCCCCGCGCUGUCCUAUCGCUGGGUUCCCCUAUACGGCUACCAGGGUAAAGUCUACUUCCGCUCCGACCUCCCACGCACCUUCGUUGACGCCGUUGACCGCCUGCUGUGUCUCGACAACCGCGUCGGCGUCGCCUACACGGUAUACCUCUUCGACAGGCGCAAGCCGUACGCCAGCGACCCGCAGCUCCGGGCCGAGUUCAUGCGCAACCCCACCAAAAACGGCAUCACCAUCUGGGCGGCCGGGCCGGGCGACUACAGCCAUGACACGCUGGCGUGGAAGUUCAUCCGUGAGAACGUGCUGGACACCCCGGAUGACGACGAGGACAGCGCGUGCAAGGUGCUGUUUGUGGCGGGCCCGGACGAUCCGAUUCCGUGGAUCUGGGAGCCCCAGCUGGAGCACCGGGUGCUGCGGGUGAUGGCAAAAUCCCUGGAUCCCCCUGUCGAGGAGCGCCCCGACGAUGCGAGAGAUGUGGCGUACCUCCGGGUACCACGCGACGAAGACGGCUGGCUGCUAUUUACCAACCAGUACGCGCCGUGGGUAGCGAACUUAUGCCGGGUGCUGACACCGGGUCGCCUCAUAUUACGGCCGGGCCGGCCGGCGGUCCCAGAUGCGUGGUUUACGAUGGACGAGUGCACGGUGGGGAUGUAUGGGGGCCUGGUGUGCCCUUUUGCGAUGUGGGUAGAAUGGGCGGGGCAAUGGUCUCCCUCCGGCCCGAACGAGGUGGAAUUACUGGUGAUGGCGGCGCCGGAGAACGCGACCGGGGUCAGUGACCGCUGGCACUUGUUCAUGGCCGGGGCAACCGGGGGGUAUGAGGACAAUUACAUCCUCCAUGACGAGGUGGAGAGCGCGGCCAGGUCGCAUGACAGGAUUGUAAAGCUCGUGGAGGAGUCCAUCUCGUCUGUUGCCUGCGAAAGGCUCGACAGUAUCGAGGUGUACUUACCCGGACAGCGCAUUGCCCUGCAGGGUACAGGAGGGGACGCGCCCGUCCUGUCGAUGGGUCUGAGCCGCUCGACGUCCUCGGUCUACGCCUUCAGGCAGGUCUAUCAGCACUUGAUCACCUGGAAGAGGUGGCUCGAGUCGCAGCCAAGUGCGGGGUUGCCUAAACAGCACAACGGGCUCGGGGAAUACCCGCAGUUCAUAGGGCUGUAUCCCGUGUAUUCGGAGUAUACUGUCAUCGACCGGGAGCGAACACGAGAACCCGUGCGUUGGUACCCGAAGACGAGCACGGUCGCCGAGUUCAGGGACAUCGCCAGGGACCUAAUAGGUCUGCCGCCGCGGGAGGAGAUUGAGGACGAUGGGUCCGAUGAGGCGGACCGGCUUCGGAACCCGUGGAUUGCCGUUACCCAGGGCCGGAACGAGGACCCCAUAAUGGACGACGACGAGUUGGACCUUGGUCCCCUUGAUGCGAUACCGGACUUCCAUAAGCCAAUCUUGGUCCUUGGGCCACACACCGGAGAAGCCGAGUGGAAGGCCAUGUGCAAGCUGAUUGUUGAGCCGGAGGUCCAGGUCAGCGAGAUCGUGCGGGAGAGCCACCCCCUUCUUUUAUACGGCAACCCCACGAUCGAGCAGCCCUUUGGGUACCGAGACAUCUACGCCACACCCAAAGAGCACUUGUACUUUGCGCUGACACCCGAUCAAAUCCCCAUCCACCAACGCCAUUACGACUACCAAAUGGAGGGGCGGAUGCAAGGCAACGCCUUCCAGAGGCUGCACCCGUGGGACGUGCAGCCGUGGCCCUUGUCCGACAUUUACGCGCUCGAGAGAUUCCCGAUGCGGCUUCCACCAGGGAGCGCGGAAGCGGAAGGGAUCCAGCAGACGGGCCGGACUGUUGCAGAGCCAGAGACAAACGCGGGCGCCAACACAAGUGCAGCAGCAAACGUAAACACAAGCGCAAACGCAAAUUCCAACACAAAUCCAAACGCAGGCGACAAUAACACCCAGGCUCGCAGUGAAAGACUCGCCUCUGCCAACCCCCUCGGCAUGGAGCUGACCACCACGCCGACCACUCCAGAGGCGACAACAUCCCACAAUAUCCUCAACCUAGGCCACAACACAGUGCCAAGGGUGUCCCUCUCCGUCCUGACACCGUCCGAAGUCCGCCAGCUGCAACAGGAUUACAGAAACCUGCGUAAAAGCGUCCUGUACCGUGAGGAGCGAUGCCCGUAUUUUGGCUGCCCGGCCAAGUUUCCCCGGCGAGAGCUAGACCGUCUGCAACGACAUCUUCACGAACGGCACGUGGUAAGGCGGUGCAACUUUUGCGACGCCCCCGAGCGGCCGAAUCAGUCCGUUGGGGAGCGGAUGGCGCACAUGCGGGAGAAGCACAUGGAGGUCCUCCGGGCAAUGGUGGCCGAAGCAGAUGGCCUAGAUCCGGGUGCGACGAGGACUCGGGGUGCGGCGGCCAGUAAGGCCGAAAAGGCGAAACCAGCCCCAAAACUCAACAAGCGGAAGCGUCCACAGAAAAAGUGA